AUGCCUCCAACGGAUGUGUUCGACGCCUCGGCAGACGACGGCGCAGCGACAGCGAGCACUUCUGCCACAGACACGGCGAUCGAAGAAGAUAUAGACAAUGAAGCGAACUCCUGGGUUGACCUCAACAUUCACGAAGCGUUGCAGAUGGUCGGGUAUGGCAAGUUCCAGCAGCGCUUGUUGCUAGUCUCGGGGCUCAUGUUCAUGGCAGAUGCAGUCGAAGUAAUGCUGCUGAGCUUCCUGCAAGUUCUCGUCAAGGACGAGUGGCAACUCACGUCAACGCAACAAGCUGGGAUCACAGCCGCCGUGUUUGCAGGGGAGUUACCCGGCGCGCUCUUCUGGGGUUUCUUCGCCGACCGCUUUGGCCGCCGCAUGGGCUUCCUGCUCAGCGCGCUGUGCAUUGCCAUCUUCGGAAUCUUGUCCGCGUUUGUCCCUGAUGUGUCGUGGCUCAUGGUGUGCCGUGCCAUGGUUGGGUUCGGUGUGUCCGGCGCGCUGGUACCUUUCGACUUAAUGGCCGAGUUCCUGCCAGACAAUGAACGGGCUCGUGUGCUGCUGCUGUUUCAACUGUACUGGACUGUCGGUAUAGCGUUCGUCGCAGUGGUGGCAUGGGUUGUCAUCGAGUCGUGGGGCUGGCGGUGGCUUACAGGUCUGUGUGCGACGCCGUUGGUGCUUGUGCUGUUGUCGUUCCCAUGGAUGCCAGAGUCGCCCAAGUGGCUGGUCGACCAGCGCCGCUACGACGAAGCCAUUCAUGUGCUGCACGCGACGGCGCAUUUGAACGGCACAACGCUGCCUUCGGCGCUUCGAAUCAAGCCUUCCGAGCCGACCAAGUACCACAAAUUGCCUCGUCGCGGUUCGCGCGGGGUGUUGACCGAGCUGUGUGGACCCGCGCUGCGGCGAGUGAGUGCAAUGCUGUUUUUAAUCUGGUUUGGCUUUGGGCUGAGCUACUACGGGUACGUGCCACAAGUGCACAUCCUCAUGUUGGAUCUCUACGACGACUGCACUGCUUCGGGCAUCACUCUAAUCUGCCGUGGAUCCGAGAAUAGCAUCAUUUUGCUAUUCCCACGUAUCUUCCAGCCGCAGGACGGCAACGCUUUCAACUACACGUGCAUCUUUCUCGCUGCUCUUGCCGAAGUUCUCGGCGUGUUCCUAACGAUGGCGAUCGUGGACAAGAUGGGGCGGCGACAGACACAAAUCGCGCUUUACUUCUUGUGUGCGUUGGCAGUGAUGCUGUCCGCGUUCGAGUUGAACCUCAUCGUCCUUACGAUGUUGGCAAUGGCUGCGCGGGCGUUCAUCAUGGGGGCGUCCAGCACAACGUGGCUCGCGACCCCCGAAGCUUUCCCUACCCAUGUUCGAACGAGCGGGCAUGGCAUAGCGUCCGCAAUGUGCCGCAUGGGAGGCUUUAUUACCCCAUUCAUUGCAGAUAGUGAGUCCAUGUCGGUUGCUGCUGUGUGCGCCGUCUACGGCACUUGCUUGCUGCUGACGACGGCUGCGUCUGCGCUCCUACCACCAGACACAAUCGACCCCGACGGCGGUGGCGCGUGCGAACUCGUUGCUCUAACGUCUAGUGGCGGCGAAUCAGGGGUGUCAAGCGCUUCGACCAGCUCGGACGACUGACAAAUUCACGUGUGGCAAACAAUGUAAUUCAAAAUGUGGUCGCGAA